AUGAUCCAUGAAGUUUUACUUGCAUUGGCAGGAUGUCCUGGAGACUUGUUCGUAUAUUCAAAUGGCAAACUAGCAGUAUCUACUGAUAUCCCCUUCCUCCACGACUCGGAACGUGCUCAACUAGCACCACUAUUGCAAGUUGCUCAACUGUACAUGCAGCUUGAUGCCUACCUCAAACGACUACGCACUCCAUGGCUAAAUCAUCUAAAAUCUCGUUAUUAUUCGAAUGCUUCUCCCUCUGCUGCUGAUCACGAUCAGCAGCCACAAAUCUCAAGUGUUUGGAAGGGUGUCUACCAGCAGGCUUUAUCGGGUGCAUUGGCUUCUUAUUUGGACGAAUAUAGGAGCGUCAUUGUACAAGUGGAACGUAAAGUUCUGGACUAUUUAGAUCCGGAUACUGAUGGUGGGAGGACUCCAUUGGCUUACCUCAAUGUCACCUUUGCGCAGAAAUGUAAUACGGGACUGCCUGCUGUACGCCAAGCUAUGCUCAAGUUGCAACAUGCCUGUUUGGCAGCCCUGUAUCGUCAAAUUACAACAUGGAUGCUCUAUGGAGAACUCAAUGAUCCCUACUCUGAAUUCUUCAUCAAGAAUGAAUCUCCAAGUGAAGCCAGACGAACGGCUAUUUUUAUGGCCGACGUCGUUGUCGAGCUUCAACAAGAGCAAACACGAUGGUAUUCAGAAUUUGUAUUGGAUUCAUCAAUGAUACCACCAUUCAUGUCAACACGAGUUGCCGAAACUAUAUUAUUCGUCGGAAAAGCCAUAUCGUCUAUACGUGAAUCACCUACACCAGAAAAUCAGCAAGCAAUCUCCUCCAUAUCAACCACAUUCUUGCCAGACUUUAUCGCAUUGACUCAACAACAAACUGUUGGAUACAAGGACGCACCGUUCGAGUUGGUAGUAGAUCGAGUUAAGCGUCAUGUUUCUAAGAUUCUUUGGAAGGCACUUGUUAUUGAUCGUGAUUUGAGGAGGCAUUUGAAGGCUUUCAAGGACUUUUAUCUAUUGGGAAAAGGAGAAUUCUUCGUGUCGUUUCUUGAUGGCUGUGAUUUGAUACGUCAACGUGCAGCAGCUCGUCUUGUGCUGAUCACCGAAUAUGACAUGAACAGUCUGUUUCGACGAACUGCUCGUGAUACAACAGCAGAACAUGAUCCUGCUGUUGACAGUUUCGCAUUCAGAUUCAUCAAGUCAGAUGAACGACCACCAAAAUCACUAGUCUCACCAUUUGAGAGCGAGCUGGUGAAUCUCCCGUUACGGCUUGAAUAUGAAGUGACAUGGCCCUUAGAUCUUGUGUUGACACAACCUGACUUGGAAAAGUACAAUGUAGUGUUUACGUUCCUGAUUUAUCUGAGACGAGUGCAGAUGCGGAUACAACGUAUUUGGUCAUUGACCAAUAAUGUUUCUCGUGGCACACGUCGAGGGUCAACCACUCAUGAGCCACUAUCUCGAAUAUUCUGGACUAUACGUGGCCGUAUGAUGUUUUUCGUGGAUCAUUUGUGGUCUUAUAUUCAGAUGGAUGUUUUGGAAAGUCAAUACUCUGCUCUGAUGAACAGACUUUUUGACGACCAACAUGACUCUGAAUAUGGCCAAGAAUCUGGUCUGGAAAGUGAAGAUGAAAACACAAUAGAUCAACCACUAGGCAUUCCACCAACUCAUGCAUCACCAGAGACAUCAGUCAAUGGUGAUUUCGAAUCAUUACAGCAAGAUCAUGCUGCCUACUUGGACGCAAUAUGUAAAGGAUGCUUCUUGGAUGAUUCAGCAGCGUCGAAAAGUUUGGGGAGUGUGGUUCGAACUCUGCUUGAAUUGAUUGUGAGAUAUUGUGGUGUUGUAGAAGACUCGCUACGAUCUGGAAGGUUGCGAGAUGAUAGUAUUCCAAGGGUUGAGUCGUUACGUCAGGAGUUUGAUCGAUCAUGUCAAUUCUUGUUUGAUGCAUUAGCUGGUGCUCGGACUAGUGAUACGCAUCAGACUUCAGAUGGCGCAGCAGCGUUUGAGAAACUACUGUUGCGUCUGGAUUAUAAUCGGUGGUUUUCGGUUGGGUUUGAUAUAUCGCAGUCCACAAAGACAAGCACCGCGGCCAGAAAUACAUCUGGAGGUGGUUUGGUUGGCUUUUAG